CACUUGAAAGUUGUUUUCAUCGCAAGGCAGACGUCAAACGGUAGCCGGUUGAUUUGUUUUCGUCGGUUUCGAAGUGAUUCCAUUGCUUGGGUAAAUAUUUCUUCUGUGGUGCGUGUCAUUUGGUGAAAUUAUUGGUACGAUGGCGGACGACAAUGACUGCGGAAACGAUAAGUACGAAAGUGAUUCGGGCAAGCCGGAAAAGAUGUUUACUUUGAAGAAAUGGAAUGCAGUCGCGAUGUGGAGCUGGGACGUCGAGUGCGACAUUUGUGCAAUUUGCCGCGUCCAAGUCAUGGAUGCCUGCCUUCGUUGCCAAGCAGAGAACAAACGUGAAGUCCUUGGCCGUCAGGAUUGCGUAGUUGUUUGGGGUGAAUGCAAUCAUUCCUUCCACCAUUGCUGCAUGUCACUCUGGGUCAAGCAGAACAAUCGUUGUCCACUGUGCCAACAAGAGUGGUCCAUCCAGCGCAUGGGUAAAUAGAGGAGCUGCCGCAAAAGCCAGUCAAAUAGCGAGAAAGAAAGUUAAUAAAUCCAAUUCGUGUUUGAACUAAAUCUGCAGAGAAUAUUUUCCAUUCUAAUGAAGUUUUGAAUAAAUUUUGGAAACCAA